AUGAUCCGCGAACCUGCCAUCGACCUCCCGAACAAUGUGCAGGCCGCCGCCGCUCGCGUAUGGAUCGAGAACUCUGAGGGCCAUGCCAUUGCCAAGGAGGCCUUCGAGUCUACCCUCCCGCUUCGCUACGCUCCAGAGCGUCAAGUGUGCCAUGGCCGGUCGCACGUUGCGCGUUCGGUUCAACGACCCGCACUGGCGACGCGAUGGAGCGUCAAGCGUGCCAUGGCCGGCCGCACGCUGUAUAUUCGUUUCACAGCACGCAUUGACGACGCGAUGGGCACGAACAUGGUCUCGAAAGCACGGUCAUCCAGGCGCAGUAGAUUGAUUCGUUCGGCAACGUCAUAUGUUCCGUACAAUCCUGAGAUUUGGAAAGACCUCCUGGCCCUGACGGGCGCGCUCGAGCAGAGUCUACUCGACAACUUCGCCUUAAUCCGGCCAGCUUACCUGUCCGAGGAAGACGCGAGGAGACGUCCAUGCGCAGCGGCUUUGCGGCGCCGACAUUUGGCGUGCUACACCUACGACCCCAGAGCCCAAACAGACCGCCGACGCCGUCACGGUCGCAGGGCGGGGGGCGUACUCUCUGCGGGCUUCAAGCUUCGAGCUCUUUGA